UUGUGUUGUUUAAACUAACAAUUCCUCUACAAAGUUUUUAUAUCAAAUUGGAACAUUCAGAAACAUUCAUCACGUAUACAAAGAUGAGGAUCAGCCCUUUGGAAUUAUAUAACACGGACGUUGUAAAAAAUAGCCAGUAUAAACAUGCUCCAAAGCCAAGUGGUUUUACAACAUGGAAGGAUUAUUGGAAAUAUUAUUCAGGGGAAGAGUGGCCAGAAAAGUGCCGUUUUCGUGGUUGUGGUAAAAACACAGACGGGAGUGCUCAUGUCAUUAUAAAUGAUGAUGAAGCUACUGAUUAUAUAAUUCCAAUGUGCAGAUACCACCUCAGUCCUGGAUUUACAGAAAACUUUUCUGUAAACUAUGGCACUAUUGCUGUUCCUAUUGAAAGUAUUGACGAGUUGCCCUUAGAUGCUGGAAUUCGAGUGAAAAAUGUCCCAAACACUGGCAAUUCUUCACCACCAGAGGGUUUUAGAUCGUGGAAACAAUUCUAUAAAAAAUAUCGACGCAGGCGUAGCUGGCCGAGCACUUGUCGCAUCGAAGAUUGUUACGAACAUGCAGCAGGUGGAGCGCAUGUGUACGUAGAAGACACAAAUAGAGUCUAUAUUUUACCAAUGUGUGGAACGCACAAUACCGCUCACGUCACUGAUUGGUUUCCGGUGAAAGAAGACUCGAUGGCUCUGCGAGACGUUACCAGACCAGAUCUGGAAAAGGUCGUAAGACGACCUAAACCUGAACCAAUACGACAACCAGCUCCUGCUUUUGUACCAGCUCCGGCACGUGUAUCACCAGCUCCUGCACAUGUACCACCAGCUCCUAAAAGUUCGUCGCACAAUGUAACAAUAUAUGACUCCAAGCCUGUUUCUAAAAAGAGAAACAGGUGCAUGUGUAUCAUAGUGUAGAUCAAAGUAUAUUAUAACCGUGCUGCUCGAAAUAUCCUGCUUUCAAAAUCCUCGCCAUCGUUCUAGUGCGGUACAGAUAAUGUUUUUCAAAAUGACUUCUGCAUAUUACUAGCACACUGCUCGAUUUAUUGCGUCGGCAAAUUUUUCAACCAAAGCUGCUCAAAUCUAGUUAUUCUGCCCCCCUGGUUUAAAUAUGGUAAAUAUUAAAAUCAGGUGGGGCUGUCUAUAGGCAUUCAACCGAAUCUGAUGAUAAUAAAAUACAAGAUCUGGAUUCUGGUCAUAUGCACUGACCAUAUUUAUGGAACGUCUUCGACCCCGCAUUGAAGCGGUUUUCCACCAGGCAGUUUUUGAUCAAACGAAAUUGUUCACUUGAUUUCCUUUUGAGUUACGACAGGUUUGGAAAAAUCCGGUACACUCGAACUCUCACAUUUAUUUAAAAAGGAAAUCAAGCGAAAUAUUUCAUUCAAUCAAGUACACGGUCAAGUGAAAGACCGCCUUUAAAGGUGGCCUUGAAUAUUUGAGCGGUCGAUCAUGAAUUUAAUGAUCAAGGACCCGUGUCUAAAUUAUAAUUAUAUAUCAAACUCAUAUAAUAGGACAGAAUUAUCUUCAUAACUUAUCUAUUGAAUGGCUCAUUUAAGGCUGGUUUUCAUUUUACAUAAUUCGUUGUGUUAUGCGAAAUUCAACAUAUACGAAAACCGCGAACUACAACAUAUCAACAAAACGAUUACUUCACAAUUCACAUGACUUCUUUAUCCUCAGCGUUUGCGCGCGUCACGAUGUACUAUAUAUUUUUCAUUUUUAUCAAUA